UGGUCUAAUUGGUAAUUGGCAAUCAGCACGCAAGCCUUUCAUAUAAAUAUGUAUGGCAUAAGCGUGGACAUUGUAUCCCGUCUCCUGAAUUGCGGAUACGAUGAAGGCUGUGUGGUCAGGGCUGUGUGGCCUGUUUUGCGCAGCUCUCGUGAUCACUGCAGAGCCCCCUGACCCUGUGCUUCCUAGUGAGGGUGUGUGCAGCACGUGGGGAGAUGGAUUUGUGAAGACCUUUGAUGGAUCCUUCUUUCAACUGCAGUCCAACUGCUCUUAUACAUUAGCCCGAGAUUGCCGGUCACCAUUCCAGGAGUUCAACAUUGUCAUAACGCGCAUCAAUGGAGCCUACCUUAGCAUUUUGAUCCAAACCGAAUCUGAUAUGGUGAAGAUAUCUGAUGGAAUUGUAUCGCUUGGACAACAAAGUGUGGUCGUGCCAUACAGCAACACUCGGCUACAUAUCACUCGGUUUGGGAUGGGACUCAAGAUUGCCCUACGCAAUCCUGGUAUAAAGAUAAUCUGGGCCCAAGACGUCUUGUUGGUGGUGGUUGGCAGAGGUGCUCGUGAUGGCAUGUGUGGACUUUGCGGAAACUUUGAUGGUCAAAAAGAGCUGAGUGCUAAUUAUGAAAAUAUGGACUUGCUGGCAUACGCGUACCCACAGAGACUGAACCAGGAGUGUGAGGUGAAGAGUGGCCCAGUGUGUUCUGAACCUUGGAUGUGGAGCACCUGCAGUUUGGCAGUACAGCGCAUGGGUCCAUGUGACGUGCCUGCAUCUGGCUUCGUGGCGAUGUGCAUGAACGAGCAGUGUCAUUGCGAAAACCAAACCAUGUGUGGCUGCCCCUCGCUCACCGCCUUCUCACUCGAGUGCGUCAUCGGAGGUGCCACUUUGGCCUCCUGGCGGACGUCGAACCUCUGUGCGCCACAGGAUUGUCCUGGUGACCUUGUAUACGAGGAGUGUGGCUCCACCUGCCCACAAACCUGUGCCAACCCCUUCCAGCCCAUGUGCCAGGGUUGUGUACCUGGCUGUUUCUGUCCACCUGACUCUGUGCUAACCGUGCGCAAUGGGACUACCUGCGUGUUCCUAAGCGACUGCAACUGCACUCUGAAUGGAGACGUGUACGCCCCUGGUGCCAUUUCUCAACAGGGUUGUCGAAGCUGUGUGUGCGAGACUGGCCAAUGGAGCUGCAAUUCCCUGCUGUGUGCCGAUGGUUGUUCCCUGGAGGGUGGCUCCAACUUCAUCACGUUUGACCACAAGUCGUUCAGCUUCAAUGGGAACUGCUAUUACUACCUUUCCAUGAGCGCUGAUUGGGUCAUUGAAGUUCUACUCCGACCAUGUUCAUCAUUUCCAGUAGAAAGGGCUUGCUUGAAGAGCGUGACUCUGAAAUCUCAAUCGAUGUCCUAUGAAUUCAAAAGCAAUGGCAACAUCCUAUCCUCUAAAAUGAUUGUCCCGCUGCCUCACGAGUCCGGCAAAAUCUCAAUUUAUAAGACCUCUUCAAUGUUCCUGCAAGUGUUCACGUCAUUUGGCCUAAAAAUGCAGGUGCAGAUCUCUCCCAGCAUGCAAGUGUAUAUUACACUGCCUGAAGAAUUUAAGGGCCAGACAAAAGGGCUGUGUGGAAACUUCAAUGGAGUUGCUACGGAUGACUUCAUGUCUAGCCAGGGCCUGGUGGAAGGCACAGCUGUUGUGUUUGCCAAUUCCUGGAAGGCAAGCUCUGAUUGCGAGGACAUUGAUACAGUGGUUCAAGAUCCGUGCCUACUCAACAUGGCCAUAGCGGAAAGCGCCGAGCGCAAGUGUUCCAUUUUACGAGCACCUUCUGGAGUAUUUGCACAAUGCCAUCACCUACUAGACCCCUACAGAUACUACAAGAGGUGCAUGUCAGAUGCGUGCAGCUGCCCAGCAGGCCAGGAUUGUGUGACGGAGACUCAGUUUGCCUAUGCCCGUGCCUGUGCAUCCAAGGGCAAUGUGCUGCAUGGAUGGAGGAGAGCCACUGAUUCACUGGUGGGGUGUCUACAGAACCAGUUGUUUAGUUACGCCAGUGAUGGCUGUAAACGAACAUGCCGCUCUCUGAGCAACCAAGGUGUAGCAUGCACCGUGACUGAUGUGCCUGUGGAAGGUUGCCAGUGCCCUAGGGGGCUGUAUGCUGACGACCAAGGGACAUGUGUUUCUGUGUCUCGCUGUCCCUGUUUCCUGAAUGGCGAGAAGGUCCAACCAGGCGCAUUUGUCUACAUAAAUGGUCUUUCUUGUUAUUGUAAGAAUGGAAUACUGCGCUGCCAAGAUUACCCAGAAUGUAAUCCCCCAAUGGUUUAUACCGACUGCAUCAACAGCCAGAGUGGCGUUUAUGGGAAGGCUUGUGAGAGAACCUGCGAGUUGCAGGAACCCCCAUGUCUCGGCAUACGGUGCUAUCCAGGCUGCGUUUGUCCAAAAGACCUUGUGAGAACUCGCAAUGACACUUGUGUCCAACCACAUUUUUGCCCGUGCCAGCACAAUGGCAUUACAUAUGCACCUGGGAAUUCGAUCCAAGUUGAUUGCAACCAAUGCAACUGCUCCAAUGGUUUCUGGAACUGCACCAAGAACUACUGUGCCGCCAUCUGCAAGACAUUUGGAAAUGGCCAUUACACCACAUUUGACGGAAAGGGUUUCUUGUUUAAUGGAUACUCCUGUGAAUACGUAGUAGCACAGGACUACUGUGGCACCAGUCCACAAAAUGGAACGUUCCAGAUCACCGUGGAGAACAUACUGUGUCGCAGUACCUUGUCCACUUGCUCCAAAUCCAUAAGAUUCUUCUUGCAGGACCAAGAGAUAACAUUGGCAGAUGGGACCUAUUCAUUCUCUCUCAGGUCCAAGAGUAUUAGCAGCACACACAGAUUUAGGGUUUAUUCUGUUGGGCUGUACCUAAUUGUCGAUGCUGCAAAUGGAAUAAAACUAGUCUGGGACCGCAAGACAACCCUGUUCAUCAAGGUCACCCCGGACAGGAAGAAUGAGCUGUGUGGCCUUUGUGGCAAGUACAACGGGGAUGUGUCUGACGACUUCACCAUGCGGGACCACUCGGUGUCGGCUAAUGCACUUCAGUUUGGGAACAGCUGGAAGGCCGACGAUACAUGCCCAGAUAUGGGCGAGGAAGUCCCUUCUUGUGUGCUGAACUUUAACCGCAAGGCAUCGGCCGAGCGGGAGUGCAGCCUCCUUAGCAGUGGGGUGUUUGCAUCAUGCCACGGAGAGGUGGACUACGUGCCAUACUACGAGGCCUGUGUACGUGACUCGUGUGCAUGCAACACUGACUUGGAGUGCAAGCUCUUCUGCACUGUAGUGGCUGCCUAUGCAGAAGCAUGCAAUGCGGUUGGCCUGUGCAUCCAUUGGAGGACCCCGGACUUAUGCCCUGUUUUCUGUGACUUCUAUAAUGACCCCAACACAUGUACCUGGCACUACCAUCCAUGUGGCACUGUCAACACCAAAACUUGUGACGAUCCAGAAGGCAUCAACCUGGGUGACUUCCCAAGGCUUGAAGGCUGCUACCCUAAAUGUUCAAAUGCUACAUACUUGGAUGAACGCACCUUGCACUGCGUGCCAAGGGAGAACUGCAGCUGUGAGCUAAAUGACACGAUAGUCCUUCCUGGUGGUACUUUGGUGAGCAGGGACACGUGCCAGAUAUGCAACUGUACUAUGGGGCAGCUUCACUGUGCUACAGCCAAUGUCUGCUGCGUCUACAAUGGACACCAAUUUAAGCCAGGUGAAAUCGUCUAUAUAUACACCGAUCUCGGUUCGCUGUGCAACGUCACGGGAAUAUGUACCGACGCCGGAUUGAUUGGCAGAGACACCUUGUGUCCGUCUACAACUCCCACCAUCACAGCAACAUCGCCUGCGUUCACCACGGGGAGUGGAUGCUAUUCCCUUGUCCCUCCACGACAGCAUAUGGAGACUUGGAAAGUGAACAACUGUACGAAUGCCACUUGUGUCGGCAACAACGUCACCUACACUGUGAAGACUUGCAGCGAAUCCACAAAGCCCAACUGUUCUUUUGUACGCAGCGUUUCUGACAGCGAUGGUUGCUGUACAUGGCAAUGCCAAUGCAAAUGCCAGGGAUGGGGAGACCCCCAUUACAUCACAUUUGAUGGUGUUCAGUACACCUUCCUGGAGGACUGCACUUACAUCCUGAUGGAGGAGAGGAUUAAGCAACAGAACCUUACGAUCCUCCUCGACAAUUAUCAAUUCACCCGUGGAAACCCAGCCUCUUUUGUCAGGGGCCUCGUUGUCAACUACAAUGGGAACUCUGUCAACAUGAGCAUCCCAGCCACUCUGGGGAGAAGGCAGAACAUCAUCACGGUAUACUUCAACAACAUACUGGUGACGCCACCCUUGUCAUCGAAUGGGAUUGACAUUACCUCCAGUCGCAUUGUGGUGAAGGUGGCCAUCCCUGCCGUAGAUGCAACCAUCUCAUUCACUGGCGAUAUGUUCUCCAUCUACUUGCCAUAUGAUUUAUUUAAAAACAACACCCAAGGACAAUGUGGCGUUUGCAACAACUUGUCCAACGAUGAUUGUGCCUGGUGGAAUGGCACUGCAGAGCCUGCAUCGUGCUGCCCCAGCACUGCCUCGAGCUGGGCCGUACGUGACGUUACAAAGCCUCACUGCCUCUCCUCGGCGUUCAACUCCAGCAAGAACCAGAGCUGCACACCCUCAACGACGCCGGCUCCGUGCCAAAUGAACAUGUCGGUGUGCGGCGCCAUCAACAGCACCAUGUUCUUAAACUGUUCAAAGGUGGUGAGCCUGCAAGAGUUCCUGGUCACGUGCAAGUAUGAUCUGUGCCAAGUGAAUUCCUCUCAGGCUGGCUGCCCAAGUAUUCAAGCAGCAGCAGAAAAGUGUGCCCAACUGGGCUACAACGUUGACUGGCGUAGUGCCACCAAUGGAACUUGUGGCUACAACUGCACUAACGGACAGUAUAUGCCGCAAGGUCCAAAGAUUGUGAAGUCCUGCUCCAAUGGCAGUGUAGUUUCUACCAUACAAGAUGAAGAAGGCUGCUAUUGUCCUGAAGGAAAAAUAAGUUGCAAUGGUUCGUGCAUUCCUGAAAUAAGCACAACCACAAUGCCUUCAACUUCAUUGGCAACCACUGCCACGUCUACCAUAACGCCACCACCUACAUCUACUGCCACUUCUACCGUGACACCACCACCUACGUCCACUGCCACAUCUACUGAGAUGCCAACGUCCACGUCUACCAUUACGCCGCCACCACCUACGUCUACUGCCACGUCUACUGAGAUGCCGACGUCUACUGUGACACCGCCACCACCUACGUCUACUGCCACGUCUACCGUGACACCGCCACCACCUACGUCUACUGCCACGUCUACUGAGAUGCCGACGUCUACCGUGACACCGCCACCACCUACGUCUACUGAGUUGCCGACGUCUACCGUGACACCGCCACCACCUACGUCUACUGCCACGUCUACCGUGACACCGCUACCACCUACGUCUACUGCCACAUCUACUGAGAUGCCAACGUCCACGUCUACCAUUACGCCGCCACCACCUACGUCUACUGCCACAUCUACUGAGAUGCCGACGUCUACCGUGACACCGCCACCACCUACGUCUACUGAGUUGCCGACGUCUACCGUGACACCGCCACCACCUACGUCUACUGCCACGUCUACUGAGAUGCCGACGUCUACUGUGACACCGCCACCACCUACGUCUACUGAGUUGCCGACAUCUACUGUGACACCGCCACCACCUACGUCUACUGCCACGUCUACCGUGACACCGCUACCACCUACGUCUACUGCCACGUCUACUGAGAUGCUGACGUCUACCGUGACACCGCCACCACCUACGUCUACUGCCACGUCUACCGUGACACCGCUACCACCUACGUCUACUGCCACGUCUACUGAGAUGCCGACGUCUACUGUGACACCGCUACCACCUACGUCUACUGCCACGUCUACGGAGAUGCCGACGACCACGUCCACCGUGACACCGCCGCCACCUACGUCCACAGGCACGCCAUGCACGUGUGACUUUGAAGGCAAGAUGAUAAAUGCUGGUGAACUUGUGCACAUCUCAAGUGACGGCAACGGCUGGUGCGCCUAUGUGAGAUGUUCACCGAAAUGCUCGCUCAUCAUCUCUCACGAGCUGUGCCCAUCUACAACGGCACCCACAAUGAGCAGCCCACCUACCACAUAUCAGUCCACCAUCACCACACCCCGACAGAGCUGCUACUACAAGGGUCGUGAUUACAAUGCUGGCGAUUGGUGGCAAAGCGACUGCAUGGCUUGUGUUUGCGAUGCACAAACACUGGAAUCCAUUUGCAAACCCGUUCAGUGUGCUCUGCCACCAAGCUGUAGUCCCUUUGAAACCCUCAACACAGUGCUGUAUGGGCAAAAAUGCUGCUCAAGCUACUCGUGUGUUCCACGAUCAGAUAUCUGUGUGGCUGGAGGACAGGCCUAUGCGAUUGGUGCCAAUUGGACCAAGCCAGGUGAUAACUGCACACUCUUUACAUGCAACAGUUCUUUGGGACAAGCUUCUGUUGUCGAGACGAGGAUCUUUUGUAGUGCAGCCUUUAAUGUCAACUCGUGUCAACCUGGAACCGUGACAAAGGAUGACUAUGGCUGCUGUUCAAGUUGCUCACUCCAAAAUUCGUCCUGUCGGAUGUUUGAAGAGACCACUGUGAAAGAUGUGCCGGGUUGUCAACCAAAAAACUUCACCACGUCUUUUUGUGAGGGAACCUGUCAAACAACAACGAUAGUUGACAUUGAAUCUGGAGAACUGCAGGCCUCCUGCAGUUGCUGCCGUCCAUCGAUCACCGAGCAGAUGAAAUUGGUUUUGCAUUGUAUGACAGAAUCCAAAAUUUACACGUACGUCAACAUUAUUUCUUGUAAAUGCAUGGACUGUUUGGAAAUGUGGCAAUAAAGGUUGUAUACUGCA